UGCUAAACUUCAGUUUGCCGUUCGGAGAAGGAGAAAAAGAAAAAUCGAAACUCGUCGUCUCGCCAUUGUAUUGUAUCAAGCGAAUUGUGUGAAUUUGAGCCCUUGGAACGAAACGGUUUUCUGUCUCGGGUCUUGUGUGUGCAGUGUGAAUUGAGUGUGUGCCAAUUUUCAAAACAAAAGUGCAAAUUGUAGUGCUUUUACAAUCUCGUGUGAUAAUGGCAACGGCGUUUCUGCCGUCGCCCGCGUGAAUUAGUGAGACUCUAGUGCAGUGAACCUCAAGGGCUCGCCGCCUUAAGAGUUAACCAACCACAAUGAAAAUGGUGUUGUCACAACGGCAACGGGAGGAGCUGAACAAAGCGAUCGCCGACUACUUGGGCAGCAAUGGCUACAACGACGCGCUGGAAGCGUUCAAGAAGGAAGCCGAGAUGACCGGCGAAAUGGAUCGCAAGUUCGGUGGCCUCCUCGAGAAGAAGUGGACCUCCGUUAUUCGGCUGCAGAAAAAGGUGAUGGAGCUGGAAUCCAAACUGUCGGAGGCACAAAAGGAGUUCAUAGAGGGAGCGCCGACACGGGCCAAGCGAACGCCGACCGAGUGGAUUCCACGCCCACCAGAGAAGUUCUGCCUUACGGGACACCGGGCCACUAUUACAAAGGUAAUAUUUCAUCCAGUGUUCAGUUUACUUGUGUCCUCGAGCGAGGAUGCGACGAUUAAAGUGUGGGAUUUCGAGAACGGCGACUACGAACGAUCCCUGAAGGGCCACACCGACUCCGUUCAGGACAUCGCCUUCGACCAUCAUGGCAAGCUACUUGUUUCAUGCAGUGCAGACAUGUCUAUCAAGCUUUGGGAUUUCAACCAGACGUACGAGUGCAUAAAGACCAUGCAUGGGCACGAUCACAACGUGUCGUCCGUGGCAUUCUCCCCCAGCGGCGACAUCGUGUACUCGGCCAGCCGGGACAAGACCAUCAAGGCGUGGGAGGUGGCUACUGGUUACUGCGUGAAGACGUACAAGGGUCACCGCGAGUGGGUGCGCAUGGUGCGCGUGUCGGCGGACGGCGCGCUGCUCGCGAGCUGCUCCAACGACCAGACCGUGCGCAUCUGGAACGCGGACACCAACGAGUGCAAGAUGGAGCUACGCGAACAUGAGCACGUGGUAGAGUGCGUCGCGUGGGCGCCGGAGUCGGCCGCCGCUGCCGUCAACGAGGCGGCUGGCGGCGACAACCGCCGCGCCAGCCACCAGGGGCCCUUCCUGGCCAGCGGCUCUCGCGACAAGUCUGUCAAGAUCUGGGAUGUGAGCACGGGCCAGUGCCUGGUAACAUUGGUGGGCCACGAUAACUGGGUGCGCGGUGCAGUAUGGCACCCCGGGGGCCGCUUCCUGCUCACGGCUUCCGAUGACAAGACUCUCCGCGUGUGGGACGUGGCGCACACGCGCUGCCUCAAGACCCUCUAUGCUCACCAACACUUCGCAACCAGCAUCGAUUUCCACAAGAGCUUGCCAUAUGUGAUAUCGGGCAGCGUCGAUCAGACCGUCAAAGUUUGGGAGUGUCGCUAAGAGCAUUGCCAUUUUAGUAACUUAAACUCACCGAUGAUAUCUUUAUCAUUAUUUUUCACAUUUAAUAGAAUUUGCAACGAGAGUGAAUAGGGUUUCGUUUUUAAUGGUGAAAUCAUUUAUAGAAACGGAAAAUAGUUUUGAUAAUUUAUUAAAUAUCAUUUCUCCCUUCUGUUCAGUUGAGCUGUUAUCUGGUGUAUAUGACAAUGCUAUGUCUGUCUUAUUUUAGCUUGGCUUCAAACAGGGUGGCUUCGACUAAAAUUCGUCGGCUAAAAUAAACAAAGUAGGUCCAUAUCUUUGUUCAAAGACCUCUCAAAAUCGGAUUUUAUGAAUCGCAUAUGUCGUCGCCUCGCCACACUGUAUUAUGUUUCUUUAAAUGAUUAGAGUGACACAUUCCAUUAAAACAUAACAGCUCAUAGGUAAUUCUUGUAUAAAUAUGAAUAGUUAAUUUCGAUAUGUCUGAUUUUAGUUAAAUUUGUGAAAAUUUGAAAAAGCGCGACGUAGCAUUCGUCACAUACCCUAUCGAAAGAUGAAGUGAGGAGUAAAAGCUGUGUUAUAAUUUAACAUUUCAUUAUUCUAUUUUAUUUUAUAGUUAUUGUUUAUUGAAUAGGAUUGUUUAGAUGUAAUUUUAUUUGGUAUGAUUAGUUAAUAUGAUUUCUUAUGUGUCUGCUCUGGAAAACUUGUACCUUAAUUUGUUUAUUAAAUAAUUUUAGUUUUUAUUAAAUUUGAUAUUGAUCGUUAUUCAUGACAAUCAUCUUGAAAUUAGUCAUUUUAUGUGGAUCGUAUUGAGAAAUCAUUAAAAUCUCUCCCUGUACAUAAUACUUUUGUUCAUAUGUCUCAGCUCGAUCAAUGCUCAUUGUGUUUGUUUGCUUGCGCCAACAGCAUCAAUGGGUAUCCAAUGGGACAGAAUAUGGAGUAAACAGUUCGUGAUCGAAAGUUCGCGAUAAGUUAGGCGCUGCCGCAGGAGAUGGAUGCUUUGUUUUAACAAAUUGCAGUUUUAAAAGGACUUAUUUUAAGUUUUGUAGAUUCAAAACUUUAACUAUAAGUUAGAGUGUUAUUAUAUUUUAAAGAUUUUUUUUAAACUAUUUAUUUAUAUCUUCAGUGUUUCAAUUUGUUAUGUCUCAAACGAAAUACUUUGCUACAAGCUAGUGCUUUAAAUUACUAUGUAAGAUGUUUUUGCAAUAGGCAUCAUAAUGAAUAUCCAUAAAUCGUUUAUAAGUUUCAGUUUUAACAUACUAGAGGUCUACGUAAACUGAAGUGUGUGAUAUAAUAUUAUAAUUUUUUUGUAUUAACUACGCUGUUUGUGGUAGCUAGACACAAAGAUUGCUGAUGCCCGUUUGUAGUUAUUUACUAUUGAUAUCGAAGAAAUUGGUUGCCUGGUAUUUUAUAGGACUUAGUAGUAGCUGUAGGGUCAAGUAUCGUCAUACUAUUAGAUGCUUUGCAGCGCUAGCACCUGGAUAUAUCUAUGUAUAGUUAACAAAUACGGCCAAGCGCAAAUUUCCGGCUAACGAAACUAUUAUUUAUCCGAAGGUUUAUCAUAUAUUUUUAUUAUAACAAAGAUGUUCUUUGUGUUAAAAAAGUUCUUGCAUCCUCAUAAUGUUAUUAAAUAAUAAUAAAAUAAGAUGGUCUUCUUUAUUGCAAAAGAUGUUGAAUCACAUCUUAUAAAACGGGAAAGCAUGGAACUUACAUAUUUAAUUUUUUUUUAAUGCUAGUUUUUAUUAUUUGUAAAUAAAUAAUUAUAAUUUUACCAAUUAUUUUAAUUUUUUUUAAUAAUACAUAAAUAGACUCCCUAAUUAAACAAUUUUUUUAAGAUUUUAUUUGUUACAUAUUUAGCUCUAUUUUUAUAGUAAUUAUCUGUUUCAUGUACAUUUUUUCUAACAAUCUGAGAUUGUAUAAAGGAAAUUUGCGCCUGUCAAAAAGAUCUUAUGAUACCAUGUUACGUGACUUACUCGUUAUAUAAAUCUUAAUAUCACACUUGCACUUUACGAUCUAGUGAGAGCAAUAUUGUAUAGCAUGGUAAUGCAUUAUUGUUUGCUUAUUUAAUCUAGUUUCUAGAUUGAUAGCGGUGCCGUCAAGGAGAUUAUAUUAUAUUGUGUAUUCAUUACAAGUUUUUUGAAAUUACACACCUUUAAAACCAAAAGUCUAUCUGUAUUUAUAUAAGAAAAGCGAAUUAGUCCAUUUAUUCUAAAAAAUAACUCUCUUAGAUUCUUAGUCAAAUACAUAGCCCCACAAGUUCAUUAUACAUACAAACAACUCUUUAGCCAGAAUGAAGUUUAUGUAUAAGUAUACUUGGUAUAUUAAUAAGUGAAAUUAGGCUUCAGCCAAACUUUAGAGGAACCUUUGCUCAUAUUAAUCUGUAAUGACAACUUAAUAAUAUUAUCUACAACAAUGUAAUAUUUUUAGCUUGUAAUUUUAUUGACAAUAUAUGUGUAUAACUUAUGUAUUCUGCUGGUAGUAGCUUUGUAUAUAAUCUCCUUGAUUUUUAAUAUGCAGAAGUCAUUUAUAAUUUAGAGCUUGCAAAGUAUAAUGUAUGUUUUACAUGAAUAAGAAAUUUGUAUUACUAUUAACGAUUAAAUAGUAAAUUUGCACUUGUGACAACUUUGUCGCUUAUAAUGUCAACGAAAUAUGCAUGUAUGUGAACAAAAUCCUCUAGUAAAAUACUCUAAUACCUACUAUCAUUAUUAUUGUCUUUAAUAUAAUAAAAUAAAGCAUACAUCAGAGGAUUUUGUGUUCGCCCCCAUUUAACCACUGUACUGUUCUUUGUCUAAAUUUAUAUAGAAAAUCAAUAACCAAAAUUUGAAUUUGGUCUAAUAUUUUCUGUAAAUAAAUCAAUUAAAUAUGUAAUUUA